CCCCGAGUGAGUGAGACAGCCACACUCUGUUCAAGCAAGUGGAGCCUAGGGUGAGGAGAGAAACAAAAGAGUGUUGACAAUGCUAAAGGCUGUGUUGAAGAAGAGCCGAGAGGGAGGAAAAGGAACCAAGAAGGAAGCAGGAGGUGACUUUGGCCCAGAUACUUCUCCAGUCCUGCCCCUUGGCCAUGGUGGUGACUCUCCUAUGAGCAAUCUUCCUGUAGCAGAGGACACCUAUAGGGUGAGCUUGGCCAAAGGUGUCUCCAUGUCUCUGCCUUCAUCACCUUUGCUCCCUCGACAGUCUCACUUGAUGCAGUCAAGAUCAAACAAAAAAUCCCCAGGUCCCGUCAGGAAGCCCAAGUAUGUGGAAAGCCCCAGAGUGCCUGGAGAUGCAGUUAUAAUGCCGUUCAGAGAAGUGUCCAAGCCGACAGAGCCCAGUGAGAAUGAAGCAAAGGCCGAUAAUGAACCGAGCUGUUCACCGGCAGCUCAAGAACUGUUGACAAGGCUGGGAUUUUUGCUGGGAGAAGGGAUCCCAAGUGCCACACAUAUAACCAUUGAAGACAAAAAUGAAACCAUGUGCACAGCUCUGAGCCAAGGCAUCAGUCCUUGCUCCACACUAACAAGCAGCACCGCAUCUCCUAGCACCGAUAGCCCCUGCUCAACCUUGAAUAGCUGUGUCAGCAAGACGGCAGCCAACAAAAGUCCCUGUGAGACCAUUAGCAGCCCUAGUUCCACCCUGGAAAGCAAGGACAGUGGAAUUAUAGCCACAAUUACAAGUUCAUCCGAAAAUGAUGACCGGAGUGGCUCCAGUUUGGAAUGGAAUAAAGACGGAAGCCUAAGGUUAGGGGUUCAGAAGGGAGUGCUUCAUGAUCGCAGGGCAGACAACUGCUCCCCAGUGGCAGAAGAGGAGACCACUGGGUCAGCGGAGACUGUGCUGCCCAAAGCGGAAUCCUCAGCUGGAGAUGGUCCGGUCCCUUAUUCUCAGGGCUCCAGCUCGCUAAUAAUGCCACGGCCCAACUCAGUUGCAGCGACAAGCUCAACCAAAUUGGAAGAUUUGAGUUACUUAGAUGGGCAGAGAAAUGCUCCUCUACGGACAUCGAUUAGAUUGCCAUGGCACAAUACAGCUGGAGGUAGGACACAGGAAGUUAAAGCACGAUUUGCUCCCUACAAGCCACAAGACAUUUUGUUGAAACCCCUGUUGUUUGAAGUACCGAGCAUAACAACAGACUCUGUGUUUGUGGGAAGAGAUUGGCUCUUUCACCAGGUAGAAGAAAGCUUGCGGAAUAUAGAACUGGCAGAAAAUAGAGGCGCGGUGAUCAUCGGCAAUGUGGGGUUUGGGAAGACGGCAAUCAUUUCCAAGUUGGUGGCGCUGAGUUGCCAUGGAAGCCGCAUGAGGCAAAUUGCUUCCAACAGCCCUGGUUCAUCACCUAAAACCUCAGACCCUACCCAGGAUCUUCCUUUCACUCCAUUGCUUUCACCGAGCUCUUCUGCAAGUGCUCCCAGUGUGGCCAAAGUGCCUCCUGGUCCUGGGUCUGGCACUCCUGAAAACCAGAGACCAAGAGAGGAUGCAGUGAAAUACCUUGCAUCUAAGGUGGUGGCCUACCACUACUGCCAGGCGGAUAACACGUACACGUGCCUCGUGCCUGAGUUCGUGCACAGCAUCGCAGCUUUGCUCUGCCGGUCCCAUCAGCUGGCCGCCUACAGAGACCUUCUCAUAAAGGAGCCCCAGCUCCAGAGCAUGCUGAGCCUUAGAUCCUGUGUGCAGGACCCAGUGGCAGCUUUCAAGAGGGGCGUGCUGGAGCCACUCACAAGUCUGAGAAACGAGCAGAAAAUUCCUGAAGAAGAAUACAUUAUUUUGAUAGAUGGCUUAAAUGAAGCUGAGUUUCAUAAACCUGAUUAUGGAGAUACGCUUUCUUCAUUUAUUACCAAAAUUAUUUCUAAAUUUCCUGCCUGGUUGAAGUUGAUUGUGACUGUAAGAGCAAAUUUUCAGGAAAUCGUAAGUGCAUUGCCGUUUGUCAAGCUUUCCUUAGAUGACUUUCCGGACAACAAAGACAUUCACAACGACCUGCACGCCUACGUCCAGCAUAGAGUCCACAGCAGCCAGGACAUCCUCAGCAACAUCUCCCUGAACGGCAAGGCCGACGCUGCUCUCAUCGGGAAAGUGAGCAGCCACCUGGUGCUGCGGAGCCUUGGCUCUUACCUGUAUCUCAAGCUCACCUUAGACCUCUUCCAGAGGGGCCACUUGGUCAUAAAGAGCGCCAGCUACAAGGUGGUGCCUGUGUCUCUGUCUGAGCUCUAUCUGCUGCAGUGCAACAUGAAAUUCAUGACCCAGUCCGCCUUUGACAGGGCACUUCCAAUUCUCAACGUGGCCCUCGCGUCUCUCCACCCCAUGACAGAUGAGCAGAUUUUUCAGGCUAUUAAUGCCGGCCAUAUCCAGGGGGAACAGGGAUGGGAAGACUUUCAGCAGAGAAUGGAUGCCCUCUCCUGCUUCCUCAUUAAAAGGCGAGACAAAACCCGCAUGUUCUGCCACCCAUCCUUCAGGGAGUGGCUUGUGUGGAGAGCAGACGGGGAAAACACAGCCUUCCUGUGUGAACCCAGGAAUGGGCAUGCUCUCCUGGCGUUCAUGUUCUCGCGGCAGGAGGGUAAGCUGAACCGCCAGCAGACCAUGGAGCUUGGCCACCACAUCCUGAAGGCACACAUUUUCAAGGGCCUCAGUAAGAAGACGGGAAUCUCGUCAAGCCAUCUCCAAGCCCUGUGGAUCGGUUACAGCACCGAGGGGCUGUCUGCCGCCCUCGCCUCUCUCAGGAAUCUUUAUACCCCCAACGUGAAGGUGAGCCGGCUCCUGAUUUUGGGAGGGGCCAACGUGAACUACAGGACAGAAGUGUUAAAUAAUGCCCCGAUCCUGUGUGUCCAGUCUCACCUCGGCCACGAAGAGGUUGUCACUCUGCUCCUGGAAUUUGGUGCCUGCCUGGAUGGAAUGUCAGAAAAUGGCAUGACUGCCCUCUGUUACGCGGCAGCUGCCGGCCACAUGAAGCUGGUGUGUCUGCUGACCAAGAAGGGAGCCAGGGUGGACCACUUGGAUAAGAAGGGCCAGUGCGCACUUGUCCACAGUGCCCUGCGGGGCCAUGGGGACAUUCUCCAGUACCUGCUGACCUGUGAGUGGUCAGCGGGCCCUCCCCAACCUGGCGCACCAAGGAAGAGUCAUGCCCUGCAGCAGGCACUGACAGCGGCCGCCAGCAUGGGCCACAGCUCGGUGGUCCAGUGCUUGCUGGGGAUGGAGAAGGAACAUGAAAUAGAAGUCAAUGGCACCGACACAUUGUGGGGAGAAACAGCCCUGACCGCUGCCGCCGGAAGAGGGAAACUGGAGGUCUGUGAACUGCUGCUGGGGCGAGGUGCUACCGUGUCGCGGAUGAACAGGAGAGGAGUCCUGCCGUUGUUCUGUGCGGCACGCCAGGGGCAUUGGCAGAUUGUUCGACUGCUGUUGGAUCGCGGCUGUGACGUGAACCUAAGUGACAAGCAGGGUCGGACGCCCCUCAUGGUGGCUGCUUGUGAAGGCCACCUGAGCACCGUGGAAUUCCUCCUUUCACAAGGUGCUGCACUUUCUGCUCUGGACAAAGAGGGCCUGUCAGCAUUAAGCUGGGCUUGUCUGAAAGGCCACAGGGCAGUGGUCCAGUACCUGGUUGAAGAAGGAGCCGAGAUAGACCAGAUGGACAAGAACGGCCGUACUCCCUUGGACCUGGCCGCCUUCUACGGCGAUGCUGAGACUGUGCUGUAUCUGGUAGAGAAGGGAGCCGUGAUUGAGCAUGUGGACCACAGUGGAAUGCGUCCCUUGGACAGAGCCAUCGGCUGUCGAAACACAUCGGUAGUGGUCACGCUACUCAGAAAAGGAGCCAAGUUAGGAAAUGCUGCUUGGGCGAUGGCCACUUCCAAGCCUGAUAUCUUGAUUAUACUUUUACAGAAAUUAAUGGAGGAAGGAAAUGUGAUGUACAAAAAAGGGAAGAUGAAAGAGGCAGCCCAGAGGUACCAGUACGCCUUAAGGAAGUUUCCUCGAGAAGGACUCGGAGAGGACAUGAGACCGUUCAAUGAAUUAAGAGUCUCCCUCUAUCUGAAUUUGUCUCGAUGCCGAAGAAAAACAAACGACUUUGGCAUGGCAGAAGAAUUUGCUUCCAAGGCUCUCGAAUUGAAGCCCAAGUCCUACGAAGCCUUUUAUGCCAGGGCGAGAGCGAAGAGAAACAGCAGGCAAUUCGUGGCAGCUCUGGCCGACUUGCAGGAGGCUGUGAAGCUCUGUCCCACCAAUCAGGAAAUCAAGAGGCUUCUUGCCCGUGUGGAAGAGGAAUGCAAGCAACUCCAGAGAAGUCAGCAGCAAAAACAGCAGUGUCCGCCACCAGCUCCACCCAACGACUCAGACAACGAAGAGGAUGCCCCAACCCCAGGAUUAAAUGACCACUUUCAUCUUGAGGAGGCUGAAGAGGAAGAAACUUCUCCACAGGAAGAAUCUAUUUCCCCGACUCCCAGGCCCCCACCGACCUCAUCUGUCCCUUCCCCGUAUAUCCGAAACCUUCAGGAAGGAUUGCAGUCCAAAGGAAGGCCAGUGUCACCACAGAGCAGGGCAGGAAUCAACAAGGCCCUGAGGGAGCCUGUAGCCCAGCCUGGGCUGCUCGUGCAGCCUACCAGGCAGGCACAGAUAGUGAAAACCAACCAGCAUCUGGGCUCUGGACAGUCUGGCAUGAGAAACAGUGGCACAAAAAUUCCGAUCUCGUCUCAGAAUCCUCCCCCAAGUCCCAUGCCAGGUAGAAUCUCUGCAGCUCCUGCUGGGAGCAGAAACCAGCAUUUAGAGGGAGCAGGUACUUUCACAAUAGGAGCUGGUUGUGGACACCUUGGAGAUCGACUGGGCCCCAGCCAGAACGUCCACCUGCAGCGCGGCGAGAGUGGCGCUGUGUACCCCUUACCACCAAGCAAGAUAAAAACUGCGGAGAGGCUCCUGUCACACACAUCCGUGGCUGUGGAUGUAGCCCCUCCAAGCCAAGGUGGGCCGGUGAGUUGCAGCGACGUGCGACACCCAGCUUCCCUCGCCAGCUCGGGCUCUUCCGGUUCUCCAUCCAGCAGCAUAAAGAUGUCAAGUUCCACCAGUAGUUUGACUUCAAGCAGCAGUUUUUCAGAUGGCUUCAAGAUCCCAGGGCCAGAGGCUCGGAUUAAAGACAAGAUGGGAAGCCAGGUUCAGAGCGGUACAACCGAGCACAGACCACGUAACACUCCGUUCAUGGGCAUCAUGGACAAGACUGCGAGGUUCCAACAGCAGAGCAACCCUCCAGGCCGCACCUGGCACUGCCCGGCCGCCGAGGGACUGCUGACAAACACCUCUCCUGCAGCUGGCCUGCAGUCCUCAAACUCUGAGAAGCCCUCUCUCAAACAAGCAGGAUAUAAUAACCAAGCCAAACCCUGUUCUGUGUCUACUCUAAGUGGAAGUGUCCACAAUGGGGCUCAGGUGAAGGAGCUAGAAGAAAGCAAGUGCCAAAUGCCGGUCCACUGUCAAGAGAGCCGGGUGACUAAGACUGUUUCUCAUCUGUAUCAGGAAAGUAUCUCCAAACAGCAGCCUCAUAUCGGUAGUGAAGCCCACCGGAGCCACCUCACUGCAGCAAAACCAAAGCGAUCGUUCAUAGAGUCCAACGUGUGAGCCUUCAGAAGCCCCAUCUGUAGAAUUUGGAACAGUGUGUUGGCUCCUGGUGGUAAACAGUCAUAUGGUUUUUCAUCAGAAAAAUUACUUUUUAGCCAUAUAUUUUUUCUUUUUUUUCCUCUGGGGCGGAUCAAUGAUGUCAUUGAUACAUUUUAAAUGUGGGCUAAAACUUCUUUAAUAGCUAGAAGUCACCAUAAGUAAGAAUGCUAAACCAGAAUUGAAAACUAUAAUUAGCUAUACCUAUCAAGUUAAAAAUUUAAGACAGUCAAGAAAUUUAACUCAUGCUUGUCACUUACCAAGUUAUUUUGGCUUUUAUCACUUUUCUCCUAGCCUGUGCUAUAUGGUAAAAUCACAGUAUUUACUUAGAGAAUAAAGCUGUCUAUUGUUAAAAAGUGAUAGGCCUAUUAACUCAUGACUUAAUAUUCUAAUGAUAUAUUCUGGAAAAGAUGGAAUUUUCCAGUUGCAGUUCCAUUGAGUCAAAUCCUAAUUAUUAUAUAUAUAAAAAGUUAAGAUCUGAGUGAUUUCUAGCUGAAUAUAAGUGUGACUUUAAACAUAAUGUAGCUGAUUUUUUUAAGCAAAAUAUGAGAAGACCCAAGUAUUAUUCCCUUCACAGCAUUUCCUAUGAGGGGAUUAAACAAUUAUUUUUGCGUUAUGGUUCUUAUUCAAAAUAUUUUUAUAGCACCUUUUUUGGAACUAUAUUCAUGCUUGAAGGUGUUUUUGCUAUUUGGAAACAGUAAAAGCCUUUUGGAAUCAUGAUUGGUGGUCAAGUGAACUGAGCUAAAUACCAAGAUCAGUAUCCUUAGUGGCACUUAUAAAUUAGCUCUCAGCUGGUUCCCAAACUGCUUUUAACAAUGAUAACGCUCCUGGAACAAUCCUUCCAAAGUCCUAUAAGGGCAAUAUUUAAUUUGGAUACUUGAGGUAUGGUUGGUUGUUGCUUUUAUUUUGUUGUACACACAGUACUCCAUAGUCACUUGUUGCAUAUAUUAAAUAGCCCAGUUUUAUCCAGACUUGUAAAUAUAACUAUUUCAAAGUAGUCAAUCUAAAAAGAAAGAAGAAAGCCCGUCAUAUAUUUGCAUGUUUUUGUAAGCUUCAUCCAUGUUGCUUAUUGCACUGAAUGAUAUAUUAUUAUGGCAUGUUAACAGUAUACCAGUAAUGGCACUUUAUCUCAUUUAUAUGAACACCUUUGAGGUGCUACUUAAGUCCAAACUGAUGUAUUAUUCAUUCGUAAAAUUAAGGUACAGGAAUGAACCUUGGUUUAAAGGUAUUUUUAUAUGAAAACAGUGUGUUAUUGGAGGAUGUUAAAAUGCUUAUUUGAGAGCGGUGGGAGUGUAUUUGUUUUAUAUGUUGGGAUGUGAAAUUUAUUUUCUAGCAUUGGGAAGAAGGAAGUUCUAUAUUUGCAGAAUGUUUUAAAAAUGAGUAGCUGUCAUAAAGCUCCUGUGAACAUCAUUUGUAUGAAUAGGAACCCCUGGUGUCAUUCUCCAGCAUUUGUUCCUGAGUGUGUGUAUAGAGUACUUUGUACAAACAGCUUUAUCUUAUUUCUAGGCUUUCCAUGAGUUCUGCUAUAACUACUAUGGCUUAUUUAUUGUUUUCUUUAAUAUUUGUGAAAGUCUUACUCUUUUGUUAUGUAGUUUUGUUUCUGCACAACUACUGUACUUUUCCAUAUGGAAUAAAGAUUAUUAAUAGAA